AUGAAAGAUCAUUGCAGUAGAAGUCAUAAAACAAAUUCGAAAUCAGCUAAAAUGUUAAGAAGAACGACAUCAGGUGUCGUAAGGACAAACAGUAGUAAUUUUUGCAAGAAUACCGUUCUUCGAAGCAGGAGAACUAUCCCACAAUAUAGUGAAGUUAAUAAUGAUGAAAAUAGAUUUGGUGAUUUUACUGUAGUAGAUCAUCAUGCUAAUCAAAGCCAGCCCGUUAUUUACUAUUUUAUUGAAAUAACAAAUCCUAUACAAAGAAACAAUCAAAAUUACAAUGGUAGUAAUAACAGCAAUAAUAAUAAUAAUAACAAUAGCAAUAUAAGUCCUCCGACAUUGACGAGAAGAUAUCGGGUCAGGCAUCUAUAA